GUCUUCCUGUAGAGGAAAUUUCUAAGUGUAUUUAGUACAUAAUUAUAUACAAUAUACCAACAGAUGCUCUUAUACUAGUACUGUUGGCAUUCAUUCCAUCCAACAACUCUGACACUUCAACCACCACAUACAUUCAAGAAAAAGGAAUUUAUCGAAAAACCAACUUUUCUUUAUUUAAGGAUUUACAGAAUCCUGUUGAUUCUAAAUUCUUUUCGACGCCCUCAGCCUGCUCGAACACUCCUCUCAUCUAUCGCAUAUACCACGGGAAACUAGAACCAACCUCGCAUCCAACGCUAUCUCUAAACAAGCAUAAGUUUGGCAUUCUCUGUGAACAAAACAAGCUAAUUUUACUAAAAUCCUGUAUCAACACAUCCUGAACCGCAUGUACAUUUCCUAACAACGGUUAAUCCUCAUAAACUACACGAAUCGUAACUUCUGCUUCCUGACAAGUUACGGCUAGGCAUUCGACUUUUUUCUUCAUCUUGCAGCUUUUGAAGGAACAGUGACCUUUUGUUGUCUCAUUAGGAGUUUCUUUCUCUCUUCCCUUUGAAUACGUUUGUGAUAAGUACCCUCGUUAGCGGCCUUUAUAACACCUUGUCGAAGUAAAUAGUUUUGGAAUCUCAUAUUCCUAUCAUUUUGAUUUGCCGUCUUCUAUGUUAAGCUCUACUAAUUCAGAGAAUCCUGCUCCAAUCUCAACUUCCUUUUUAGAAUGUUCCGUAACAGAACCUAGAAAGGAGCUGCAAGGUUCACGCGAUGCACAUGUUUCUUAUCUAAUAAUUACAAAGACGAAUUCACCCCUAUUCACACGACCAGAAUGUAAAGUACGACGCCGAUUUUCUGAUUUUGUCAAGCUUCAGGAAAUAUUAUCUCGUUUAAAUGAAGAUUGUGUUGUUCCACCACUGCCUGCUAAACAUAAACUAGAAUACAUAAAAGGAAAUCGAUUUUCUGAUAACUUUAUAUAUAGGAGGGCCAGUCUUUUAAAUCGCUACAUCACCCGUUGCGCUUUUCAUCCAGUUUUACAUCGCUCUCCUCACUUCAUUGCCUUUUUAGAGAAUCCAAACUGGAACAACUAUGUUCGCUAUUUCAUUCAGCCAAAAUUAAACACUACAUCGAAGUUGGAUGAGUUUUCUGACUCAUUACUAAACGCCUUCUCAAAGCUUAAGGAAGAGCCUACUGAAUUUGAUAUCCAGCGGGAUCACGUGCAACAGUUCAUGUUGGGUAUCUCUAACCUCGAAACUUCCAUUCAAAGAAUUGUUCGUCUUGAGAAAACUCUUGAAACUGACUACGAAGAUGUUUCUGCCCAGUUUGAUCGACUGGCUUCAUUAGACCAAACACUCGAAAUUCCCGUCGAAUCCAUACAUCAAGCUCUUCAAAAAACAGGUGAAGAGUACUCAUUUUUAAUUGAAAAGCUAACUCUUUUACUUGAUACAAUCAAGGAUGUUCAGUCUUAUGCCCAGUCUCUCAAGGAGCUAUUGAAACGCCGUGACCAAAAGCAGCAGGAUGUGGAGGCUUUGCAGGAAUAUUCGUCAAAACUAUCUUUAGAAAGAGAUAAAAUAUCAUCCGGGGGUUCUAACGGAUUUAGCUUUUCUAAAACGUUUGAUGAUUUGCGUGGAGUUGAUCACAAUGAUUCUCGGCUGAAGCGAUUAGAGCAGGUUCAGUCAGAACUACAAGCUGUGGAGCAGGCUAUUCAAGAAGCAUCGAUUGUACACGAAGCAUUUAAUCAACGUGUUCGGGAGGAGUCAAAACUCUUUGAUAACGUCCGUCAAAGCGAAAUGCUUAGUGCGAUAAACGAUUACGCAAACGUCCAUGUCGAAUUUUUUACGAACAUUAGGGAGCUAUGGCUUCACGCCAAACAAUGAUAUAGAUUGAUGUCUUUUUAUUUCUUUUUGUCAUGUUGGAUUAAGUACAAUAAGUAUUUGACUGAUUUGACCUUUCGAACUAUUUAUUUAAUGAUGAUGCCACAUUUUUUUUUUUUUUUUUCCAAUCGCAUAAUAACUUAUGAAUUUUAGAUUAUACAUAAAGUUUUAGUUAAUGCAC